AUGGAUAGUGAAAAGGCCGCCGAUAUUUUACCUGAUGCACAAUUAACACAUCCACUUUUAAAUGUUGGGGGUACACAUAAUAUUCGUAAAGUAUUUAGAGUAUGGACAUCUUUAAAUUCUCAACAACCUGACAUUAAAGAUUAUCCAAUCUUUGAUGGCUACGUUGCUAUAAUUCAUUUGAUUCAACAUUUACGUCCAAGAUUUUUUCCAUUUUUUCAUUUUGAGAUUCCUUCAGUGACUGUGCUCAGACUCCGUGAAGAUGAAGAUACUGGGUUAUUGUAUAUUUAUAAACAAGAGGAUAAUUGGACACUUGAAGGUCUUAUUCAAAGUGUCCCGAUUGUUAAUUGGUGGUAUGAGAAAGUAGUUCGUUACAUUAUGGGUGAGUUGAUUACGAGUGCUGGCGAUUUCUUAUACACUGCAAAUACUGCCACUUCUCGAUUAACCGAUAGAGCAGGUGAAUUCAGAGAUACUAGCAAUAUCGCCAUAGAACAAGGUCAAAUUAGAGCUAGAUCUAUGGUUAACGGUUUAAGUGAUAGUGUAAGAUCUCAAUUACAAAUUGCUCAUGAAGAAAUCGAAAGUUUGGCAGCUCAAUGUAUCAAGCAAGAUCCAUCAAACUCUGAACCUUGUAUUCUGUUCGCCUCACUUCUAACUGACAAUUUAUCUGAUACAACUAAAUAUUCCGUUAAAGAACAAUCUGAAUUACUUGAUCAUAUAAAAAAUCUAAUUAUUCCAUUAGAUGAUGGAAAUGGAAACCAUGAAAAAAUUGAACUCCUUAAGAAUAUUUCCUGGGAUCUUUUUACAUUAAUAGCGCCAUAUUUAUCACUUGAUCAAUCAGAUAUUACUGACAUCAGAUUUAUAAUAUCACAAGAAAUUAUUAAUAGCAUUGCUCAAUAUAACAAUCCUCGAGAAACCCAUUUAUUGAUUUUAGAAAGAUUUAGUUGGUUUGAUUGGAAUGCCAAUGGUGAUAAUAAUAGCAAUAAUAAAAAACAACAAAUCGCCUUGGAAUUUAUAGGAUUGGCCAAAGCUUUAGGAAUUGUACUUGAUAAAUUAGAUAGAAAAAAUAUUAUAAAAUUUUUACCAGAUACUAUUAGUAAUUUUGCCAAAAUAUGGAGAAUAAUAAUACCUGAAUUAAAUGAUGAUAAUAAGAUAAAUGACUCUUUAAUUGAAAAUUGUAUCAAACUCACUGAAUCAAUAUCCAGAUUUGUUGAUUCAAAUAACAAAGAUUUAAAGCUUACUUCAACACCAAAAGAUUUAUCAAAUCAAGAAUAUUAUUUAAUUAAUUAUAUUUUGAUGAUUGCUUUUGAAAAUUUCAUCAUUUAUUCCACUCAUAUACCAAUGUCAUCUACUUAUUAUGAAAUGUUUCAUCCUAAAUAUAACAUUCCAUGGAAAAGUAGGCAAAGUGAAAAAAUCAAGUCUAUUGAUAAAAUUAGAUUGAGCAGAUUAUUGGAUGCAUCUUUUAAAGCAAAUAUUUCAAUUGAUAAUUUAGUCAAUUACUUCAAUAAUUCAACAGGCAGUAGUGAGAAAUAUAAAGAUGUUAAUGAUGAUGACAAUGAAGGAUUUUCCACAAAGGAUUUUCCAAUAUCGAAAGAAGGAACAAUAUUAUAUUUGGCAUCAAUAAUUUUCUAUAAAUUUAUGCCUCUAGAUGAUGAUAAUGAUAAAAACAAACCCAAGAAAAAAGAAAUACCAAUAGCUCCUGAAUGGUUAUUCAAAAAAAUUUGUCCUUUGAUUAUAUCUUCUUUAACAAGUGACGAAAAUAAAUCAGGAAUGGCAGAUAAAAUUCUAUUAAUACUUAUUUAUUUGAGUGAAAGAAAUGAAGAAAAUAUGUUUACUAUUGGACAUUUGGAAGCAAAAUUGGCAAAAGAUGGGAGUAAUUUAUUUAUGGUUUUUCAAUCUGUUGUUUCUUUUGCUUCAACUUCACCAAACGAAUCAUUAAGAUUCAUUGCACAUCAACUAAUAAUUUCUCUGAUUGGUUUAUGUAAAGAGGAUGCAAAAAUGUAUUUAUUAAACGAAUUAUUGGUGAAUUGUCCAUUUGAAUCAAUGAAAAGUGCUGCAAUAUGGAUGAUUAAAGAAAUUGUGGCAAAGAAUUUGGAUAAAGCUUAUAAUAAAGAAAAUAUUUCAAGAGACGAGAAUGAGAAGGAAUUUUAUUCGAUAUUUUCUAGCAAGUUAAUUGUUGAAGGGUUUUUUCAAAAUAUCUUUUUUUUUAAAUUCAAUGAUUUAGAAAACGAAUCAGACUUUUUUGAUAAACGUAGUUUUAUCAUGAAUGGUCUAAAUUUCUUAUUAUUUUUACUAAUUAGAGAUAAAAACAAUUUGACUGGUGUCUGGGAUUCUAACCUAAUAGAUAAAAUAAGUAAAGAAUAUUUGCAACCAAUCGAGAAUAAGUAUAAACAUCAAAAUGGUGAUUAUGAAAAUGACGAAAAUAAAAUAAAUCAAAAAGGAGAUUCUUCAGUGAUAGAAAUAGGUUUAAAAAUCGAUGAAAUAACUAAUUUAAAUCCAUUACAAGAAUAUCAGUUAUUGAGCCAGAAGUUAUUUGAUUUAUAUCUAUUAGAAGAUAAAACCAAGAGAAUACAAGAAAUAUUGAGUAACAAAAAUUCUAUUUAA